GAAAGGAAACUGAGGUUACGGGAAUACACAGUCCCAGAAGGAAACUCACAGGAGACUGGCGCAAGGUGCUGGUCUCUCAUUCAAUUCUACUUUCUGUUCUCUUCGUGCACCAGGUGGCACUGUGCCAUGUAUGAAUACGUGCUGGCGGCACUCAGGAGAAUAAUGAAGGUAAACGUGCAUCAAAGUACAGUGUGAGAGAGAGACAAUCAGCAGUUCAUUUGCGGCCAUGAGCCAGCCCACCCCGGCCACCACAGAGCCACCUGGCCAGCCUGGACGGAGGAACUUUGCCUUCGAGGUUGUGGACAUCGUGGUUGUCAUUGUUUAUUUUGUCUUCGUCCUUGCCGUUGGGAUAUGGUCAUCCAUACGGGCAAGCCGGGGGACAGUUGGAGGGUAUUUCCUGGCUGGACGGUCCAUGACAUGGUUGCCAAUUGGAGCCUCCUUGAUGUCAAGCAAUGUGGGCAGCGGCUUGUUCAUCGGCCUAGCAGGCACAGGAGCAGCUGGGGGCCUCGCCGUCGGCGGCUUUGAGUGGAAUGCUACCUGGGCAUUGCUGGCCCUCGGCUGGAUUUUUGUGCCUGUUUACAUUGCUGCAGGAGUUGUCACAAUGCCUGAGUACCUGAAGAAGAGAUUUGGAGGACAGAGGAUUCAAAUCUACAUGUCCGUACUGUCCCUCAUUCUCUAUAUUUUCACCAAGAUAUCAACAGAUAUUUUCUCUGGAGCGCUCUUCAUCCAAGUCUCCCUGGGCUGGAACCUUUACCUGUCCACCGUGAUCUUGCUAACCGUGACAGCUGUCUACACUAUAGCUGGUGGUUUAACUGCUGUGAUGUACACAGAUGUGCUGCAGACUGUGAUCAUGGUACUUGGGGCUUCGGUUCUUGCCUUUAUAGGGUUUGAAAAAGUCGGCUGGUUUGAAGGACUUAAAGAGAAAUACAACACCAUGAUACCCAGUGUCAUAGUCCCAAACACCACCUGUCACCUCCCACGCGCUGAUGCCUUCCACAUGCUCAGGAACCCUGUCACUGGGGACAUUCCUUGGCCUGGCCUUAUCUUUGGCCUCUCUGUGCUGGCUACUUGGUGUUGGUGCACUGAUCAGGUUAUAGUCCAAAGGUCUCUCUCUGCCAAGAACCUCUCCCAUGCCAAGGGUGGAUCGGUGCUGGGGGGUUAUUUGAAAAUGCUCUCUAUGUUUUUCAUUGUCAUGCCUGGUAUGAUCAGCAGAGCUCUUUACCCAGAUGAAGUGGGAUGUGUGGACCCAAAAGUCUGUGAAACCGUCUGCGGAGCUAAAGUGGGUUGUUCUAACAUUGCCUAUCCUAAGCUUGUAAUGGGACUCAUGCCUGUAGGACUCCGGGGUUUGAUGAUAGCUGUGAUGAUGGCAGCCCUGAUGAGUUCCCUCACCUCGAUCUUCAACAGCAGCAGUACGCUCUUCGCCAUAGAUAUCUGGCAGCGGCUCCGCAAGAAAGCCACAGAGCAGGAGCUCAUGAUUGUUGGCAGAGUGUUUGUUCUCAUCCUCAUUGUCAUCAGUAUUCUCUGGAUUCCCAUCAUUCAGAUGUCCAACAGCGGCCAGCUCUUUGACUACAUUCAGUCUAUAACCAGUUAUCUGGCCCCACCAAUUACUGCCCUCUUCAUCCUGGCAAUCUUCUGCAAGAGGAUCAAUGAGCCCGGUGCUUUCUGGGGCCUCAUGUUCGGGCUGGUAGUAGGUGGCAUUCGAAUGAUCAUGGAGUUUUCCUAUGGUGCACCAUCCUGUGGUGAGGAGGACACAAGACCAGCUGUGUUAAAGGAUGUGCACUACCUGUACUUUGCCCUCAUUCUCUGCGUGCUCACGGGCAUCGUCAUUACCCUAAUUAGUCUCUGCACUCCACCAAUCCCAGAGGAAAAGCUGGCUAGCCUGACGUGGUGGACUAGACACAGCAGAGCUCCUGCAAUUGAUCUGGUGAGCUACAAGAGCGAGUCGGCGGAGGUAAAUCCUUCAGUGGGCGAGAGUGAUGGGGACGAGCCGACAUGGGAGACCAUGGAUUCAGGGAGCAAAGAACAUGGAGCAACAAGCCCUCCUUGCUGGAGGAAGUUAUACUUCUGGUUCUGCGGGAUCUCCAGCAGCCCGGGACCCACAUUGACCAAGGAAGAGAAAGCAGUCCUGGAAAGGAAACUCACCAGCAUUGUGGAAAAGCCGCUAUCAAAGACUGUUUGCAACAUUAAUGCUAUAAUCCUGCUGGCUAUUAACGUCUUUCUGUGGGGAUACUUUGGCUGAUACUUGGGCUGGCUUGGCUUUGAGUUAGAAUAUCGCAGUAAUGCUUAGAGACGUCAAGCAGGUCAGGGCCAUAUUGUUCUAGGUGCCGUGCAUACAGCAACUGGAAAUCCCUGCCCCAAAGAGCCCACAAUCUAGAAGACCAAACCUAGCGGGCAGGGCUAGCAUAGUAUUUACCAGAGAGGGUUUUUAUCAGAUAAAAUCAUGUUUUUUGUCACCAAGGGAAAAAUUAGUUGGGCCCAGUUUAUGAUAUUUUCUAUUUUUAAAAUUGUUUUAUCAUCACACACAUCACACUUAGUUGUAGUUACAUAUUCAAAUUGCAUUACAUAGUCAAAUAAGGCACUAGAUUAGGAGAUUAAUUUAGGGUUGUACAAAUAAACAAGUAAAAUUGCAGUGAGCGGAAUACUAAUAUAUGUAAUUAUAAUAGGGUCAGAAUGUCUGUAAACAACUUAGUGUGGUAUUUUCUCCAGAAAGUUAUAUAGGCCAUGACGCCUUUCGAUUUUCAACAUUAUAUAACCCAAAGUAAAAAACAUUCAGUAACAAUAAGGCAGAGUUGUAGCCAUGAAGCAUUAAGCAAUCAGAAGCAUGCAGUGCUGUGGACAACCUGAACCUAUUUCUCAGUUUUGAAUGGAUGUAUCCAAAGUCUGAAAAGAUUCACGCUAUGCUUGCUGAACGUGCACCACCAGUUCUGUGAAGUCAGAGGGAAUCUCGGCCUUCUUCAGAUUUUUUCCACCAUGUUAAAGUGGAAACUUUUUCCUUGAUAGCGGAUGAAAACGUCAAUUUUGGUUACAGUGAGCCUUCUCUGUUAAAUGCAAGUAAAUAUGGCAGAAAGUCGGGAUUUUUGCUCAGCAGCUACUGUUUGCAAUUUCUUCUUGUUCCAAUGACACACUUCUUGCCUGCGUAUUUUGGAUGAAGGAGGUCGGCCAACAUUUGCAAUUGCCUCAUGAACUCUCUUUGGUACGUCUGUUUUAUGUGGGGCAAGAUCUUCAUUUAUCAGUAAAUCCAACCAUCCGUCUCAUGCACCAUGAGUCCUUUUUAAAGUAUGUCAGGUGCCACAGAAACUGAAUUGAAUUGAGUGAUCAAAUUACACCUCUACCUCGAUGUAACGUGACCCAAUAUAACAUGAAUUUGGAUCUAGUGCGAUAAAACAGCGCUCGG